AGUUAACGCCAAAGUCAAUUAAAUUUGACGGUGGCCGUUAAAAUUUUUAAUCCGAGACGCGUUGAUGAAGGUUCUGUUUACUUCAAAUUUAUUAAAUCAAUGAACGAAUAAGGUGGAAAUGCUUAUUUUCAUUGAACAAUAUCAUUAAAAUUUAAUACUGCGGCUUUGCAAUAUAUAAUCGUUCAAGAUGAGUUCAGAAAAUUCUGAUUCACGGCCAAAUAUAACGUUGUCGUUGGUGGCGCAAUUUGAUGAUAUAAACCGUUUGAAUGGGGUCCUAAACGACGGAGCUGCUGAAGAAUGUUUCCUAGCAUUUGUAAAGCAAAUGGAGUGGGUGCGGUCACAAUGGGCUUCGGCUGAAGCUGAGGCUGUCCGACUGCAGACAGAAUUGGAUGAGGCACACAAAACACUUGCCAAAUGGGAGGCAAAAUUUGCACAUGUCAGGAAACUGCUUGACGGAGAAAAGAGAGAGCGCAACAUUGUGAUGAAGAAAUACAAUGAACUGAGUAAACUUCUGGAAAUGGCACGAGAUCUCCUUUUUAAUGACAACCGCAACAAACUCAAUGAUGAAACCCUCCAAAAACUUGCAUUCCUCAAUGGUACAGCUCAGCAAGACCACAAUGCGAAACUUAGUGGAGUGCCUGAACUGAAUUCCACUGGUACUUUGUUAUCUGAAAUGUCAUAUUCCCGAUCUGAGGACGACUUGGAUAUAUCCUUGGCUUCUACUCGCCGUUCCUGGGUGCAGCGUGGUGGGUGGACUGCCAGAGAUAAUGCACCGGUAUCAAAGAAACGACGGUCAUCCACAUCAUCUGCUACUAAGACUGUUGAAUUACAAGGUGGCAAAGUGCUGGCCACUGCCACCACUACUCUGACGUUAGAGCGCGCGCCCACCGGUCACGAUUUAAAACCACCACAGAAUUUCGAACCUAUAUCGGAGAGCAGCGACGAGGCGCCGGCGCCGCGCAGGUCCACAACCCGCAUAUCUGUACACGAGAGGCACGUGGAACCGUGCACGCCCACAGCUCCACCUAAGACUGAUUCGGACAGUGUGUCGGACAGUCCGCGCGUGGCGCCGCAGCGCACGCCGUCCGUGGUGUCCGCGGCGUACGGCGGCUCCCCGCGCGCGCGACUCCGCCAACACAACUUCGUCGCCAAGAACUUCUACAAGCGCGAGACGUGCGGACCGUGCGGGAAAACUAUAAAGUUCGCCAAGGUAGGCGUGAAGUGCGAGACUUGCCGCGCGCAGGCGCACCCCGAGUGCCGCGCGCUGUUGCCGCUGCCGUGCGUGCCGCCCGGGCCCAACGCGCGCCGCCCGCCCGCGCAACAGGAGGGUUGUAUAUCGGACUAUGCGCCCAGCACACCUCCCAUGGUGCCCGCGUUGUUGGUACAUUGCAUCAACGAAGUGGAAAAGCGCGGUCUCAACGAACGCGGCAUUUAUCGCAUUAGCGCUGUCGACAAGGACGUCAAAAGACUUAAGGAGCGUUUCCUACGCGGUUGCGGGUCACCUCAGCUAGGUCAGGAAGACGUGCACGUAAUAUGUGGCUGUAUAAAGGAUUUCCUGCGCUCGUUACGUGAGCCUCUGGUGUCUAGUGCUCUAUGGUCUGACUUCAUGGCGGCCGCUAAAUUGGCUGAGCCCGAUGAUGCUACCGCUGCAGUGGUACAGGCGGUCAGUCAGCUGCCGCAGCCUAACAGGGACACGUUGGCCUUCCUGGUGCUGCAUUUACAGAAGGUAGCCGAGAGUACCGAAUGCGAGAUGGGUAUUGAGAAUCUAGCGAAGAUAUUCGGGCCCACCAUCGUCGGCUACGGGUUGAUGACUCAAGCUGCAGAAAUGUACACAGCCACUGCGCAGAUGUUUAACGUGAUGCAGGUGCUGCUGCGGCUGCCGGGCGAGUACUGGGCGCAGUGGGCGUGCCCCGCGGACGCCACGCCCGACACGCCCGUACACGCCCACGGGCAUAAGCCCAGGGGAUUCUUCUUCUCGCCCAUUGAUACCGGAAUUACAAGAAAGAAGAGAAACUAUUUCCAGUGACAUUAAGUAAGUCUUACAUUUAUAAGUUUAUUUUUAUUUUGUAAAGUUCAAGUUGAACCUUUAAGUUGAAAAUUUUCUUAUGUAACCUAAUUCAUAAGUAGGAUGUAAUAUAUAUAUUAAUAUAUAGCUUAAUAAAACUGUGUGGAGAAUAGUUUAGUGUUUUGUUACCAAAUUAAAAAUGAAAAGUAAGUUGUAUAACGUAGAAUGAUCUUUGUUGUAAUAAAAAAAAAGUUAAUUUUGAUUGUUUUGACCUUACUUCUUUGUUAAUCUUAUUAAACAAAUAUUAUUUAUAGACAUCAAAUAAAGUUUGGUGUCAUAAAAUACAAUAAAAGUCAUUGUAUUGUGAAAACAAAAU